AUGGCACACAUCUCCUCUAUGCGUCGACCCGCCUUGCUUCCGGCGGCCGUCGCGUUGUGCAGCUUGCUGGCCGUGGGCCGGCUGGCACUGUCCGCACUGGCCUUCACCACACCGGUGCAGCCAGUGCAGCCAGUUCUCCGGUCUCGAUCCUUGGUGGCUCGAGCGGCCUCCAUGCGCGACAGCGAGGGGAACAAGGUCCGGGAGCCCAAGACCUUCGAUGCCUCCGAUGCCUCCAGCAUCACCGGCUCCGUGACCGUGGAGUACAAGAAGCGCCCCUUCGGAGUUUUGGCGUAUGCACCCAGCACCUCGGGAAAAGGUGCCAUGAUUUGGAAGAUGAAUGAAGGCUCCAGGUACCCUGGCGAUCCCCAGGGCCAGGCCUUCGUGGGAGGUGCCAAGCAGUUCAUGGCAGUGAAGAAGGUGGCCGGAGUUGAUGUGAGCACCUGGGAUUUUUGGGAUAUCAUGGACCUUCUGGAUGACAAGAUCUUGGACAAUUCCGCGGGCAUUUUCCAGUCCAGUGGAAGCGGAUCCAUGGGAAACAAGCCUGCUGAGCUUCCAGUCUCCAUCGAGUACGCUGCGCUGAAAGAUGUGGCUGCUGGAGCUCCAGUCCCUUCCCAUGGAGAGACCAGCCCAGGAAUCGACCGCUCAGAUGAUCGAUUCAAGGAUUUGCCUCGGGAUGCUACCAUCAAGGAGUACAAGAUCCCCGUGGCCCCUGCGAACUACCAAAGCCAAGUGGUGGAGACCUUACGCUCCGCCGUGGCUGCCAUGCCCGAGCCGGUGGGCCACACCGGACCACGCUACAUGGGCCCAUCCUCCCUGAACGAGGGCUCCAUCAAGCAGAUGCUGCAGAGCUUCAAGAACGGCCAGCUUUUGCCCAUGAAGGAUGCAUACAAACUGGCCAUUGAUGCCUUUGACAUCUUGGUAAAGGAAAAGACCCUUGGACGGCUCAACGUGCCUGUUGGCAAAAAGGUCACCGUGGUGGGUGAUCUUCAUGGACAGCUCUAUGACUUUGACCACAUGUUGAGCCUGGCAGGCUUUCCUUCACCGGACAAUCAAUUCCUGUUCAACGGAGACUUUGUGGAUCGUGGGCCCUGGAGUGUGGAGGUGAUGUUCACCAUUUUGGCCUUCAAGGUUUGGCAACCCAACGGUGUCGGCGUGAACCGUGGCAACCACGAAGCAGAAAUGGCCAAUCAUUUCUACGGCUUUUUUGGUGAGCUCGAGGUGAAGUACGAGAAGCGUAUGACUGACCUCUUCGCGGAGAUCUUCCGGGCCACGCCCUUGUGCCAUGUCAUUAACAACGAGAUCUUCGUGGUGCACGGAGGCAUCCCAGGGCCGGACCCUGGUGUGUGGUGGAAGGGCAUGGACAAUCAGAUCAGCUUCGAUGGACGUCAGAUCCAGAUCAGCUUGGCGGAGAUCGAGAACUCCAAUCGCUUUAUGGAGCCAAACCUUGAUGAGAAUCCUCUUAUGGUGGACCUCCUUUGGUCCGACCCCAAGGGCAAGGAUGGCUAUGGGCCUUCCGGCCGCAUGUCCAGUGGAAUCUACCUCUUCGGCCCUGAUGUUUCCAAGAACUUCAUGGAGUACAAUGGCCUCAGGAUGACCUUGCGGUCCCAUGAAGUCAAGGCGCAAGGCUACCGCUACGACCAUGAGGGUCAGUACCCCUUGAUCACGGUCUUCUCUGCGCCCAACUAUGUGGACAAGGCAGGCAACAUGGCUUCCGUGGCAGUGCUCACCAACGACGGCACUAAAUUGGCUGGCCCUGAGUUCAUCCAGUAUUCUGCUCAGCCACAUCCGGAUGUCCCAUCUGGCGCCUAUGCAGCUGGUGGCCCUCUCCACCCUGAGACAGUUGCAGCCAGAUGA